UGGCUGGUGAAGCAAGCAGUUCAUUCGUGUUUUGUAAAUACAUAUGUCGCAAGUAUUACUCUUUGCUAAUGAUGUAAUUGCUGUGAAGCAAUUGCCAAAGGAGAGGGAAUGUAUAUAAUAAAAGUUGUCUCCCACUCACUCCAGACAAGUUGUUCUGUUCAAUGAGAGUCCAGUGUCCACUGACUACCUGUGUCUCCUGGACAAGAGAGCCCGAGGGAGUGAGGUGGGCGGGGCAGAGGGUGUGGCCAUGGCCCUCACGGAGGGAGGUCCCGGCCAGGAGAGGUGGAGGGAACAGGGCUCCACUCCUCCUUACGAGUCUAUCAUAUCUGUCCUUCCUUCUCAGGUCCACAACAAGUCAGACACACUCCCUCUCUACUUCACCACUCACCGUGUCCCUCACUACACUUGUCACCCUCCCUCCGGGCACAUCCCACCCUCACACACCCUCACCCUCUCCCUCACCUUCACUCCAAAGCAGCUCGGACCACUCAAUGCCAGACUACUCAUCGACAUUCUGACCUCAGACUCCAGAAGUGGUAAAGAAGGAGGAGUGGUGAAGACAAUGGUGGUGGAUCUGAGAGGAGAGGGAGGUACUCUGUUGCCUUAUGAGAAGAGGAAAUUGGAGCUGACCUUUGCUCCCAGACGUGACUACACACUCUACCUUCGCUUCCUUGCUGUUGACACCAACAGAGAGGCCACAGCCUCUGGAGGUGACCUUGAGGUGGCAGUGUGUGCAACUGCUCUACCAGUGGACGUACAGCUGGAGCCCAGCCCUCCACUACAGUUUGGAGCCACUCCCACCAUGUCCCCCACCACCCAGCAUGUCAAGUACAGCAGGGUGUGUAUUUCCAUAGGUCCACAACAAGUCAGACACACUUCCUCCUACUUCACCACUCACCGUGUCCUCCACUUCACUUGUCACCCUCCCUCCGGGCACAUCCACCUCACACACCUCUCCCUCUCCCUCACCUUCACUCCAAAGCAACUCGGACCACUCAAUGCCAGACUACUCAUCGACAUACUGACCUCAGGACUCCAGAGUAUUACAUAA